CUCGCCCAACGUGAAAAUGGCGGACCCCGACGCAAAGCGGCCGAAGUUGCAGUUCGCGGGUUCCUCGGACAAGCUCUACUCGGACUCUGCAGAGGACGUGGCGUCCGCCGCAAACUUCAGACACGUCAAGGUCAGCAACUACCACCUGGACUUGGACGUGGACUUCAAGACCAAGACGAUCAGCGCCUCUGCCGUGUUGGACUUGGAGUGCCUGCAACCAUGUGCCGAAGUAAUUUUGGACUCGCAUGCCACCCUGUCCAUCCAUGGUGUCAGAGUCACCUACAAGGACGAUCGAAACACAAGCAACCAGCGGCCCGUGACCUUUGACACUCGACCCUUCACCUCGUAUGGCGCCGCCCUGCACGUGUCGCUGCCGGUGGCGGUGAAUCCCGGGGACGAGUUCCAGCUGGAGUUCAGCUACACUUGUGGGGAGGGGCCGGCGAUGUGCUGGCUGGAACCCAUGCAGACUGCUGGUAAGAAGCUGCCUUACCUGUUCACCAUAGGCCAGUCCGUCCUGAAUAGGUCCAUGUUCCCCUGUAUCGACACUCCUGCCAUAAAGUCCACCUACUCCGCACAAGUUAAGGUUCCUCCAGGGCUCACUGCUGUGAUGAGUGCCUCCUCUCGCACGGAGGGACCGGAACCCAACACCACCCACUUCAAAAUGGAACAUCCCAUCCCUGCUUACCUCAUCGCCCUGGCUGUUGGGGACAUCGCAUCUGCUGACAUUGGCCCUCGCAGUAAAGUCUGGACCGAACCAAGUGUGCUGGAAAAGGCAAAGGCAGAGUUUGAGGGAGUGGUUGAAGAGUAUAUCCAGGUAGCGGAGGGUUUGUUCGGCCCGUACGUAUGGGGCCAGUACGAUAUCCUCGUCAUGCCGCCAUCUUUCCCGUACGGCGGGAUGGAGAACCCGUGCUUGACCUUCGUGACCCCGUGCCUGCUGGUGGGAGACAAGUCGCUGACUGAUGUCGUCAUGCACGAACUGUGCCACAGCUGGUUUGGGAACCUGGUAACCAAUGCCAACUGGAGUGAGUUUUGGCUGAAUGAGGGAUUUACCAUGUUCUCUCAGCGGCGCGUGUGUGCCACUGUUCUCGGGGAACCCUACAAGUGCCUGGAGGCCGCCACGGGGCAGGCCCUGCUCCAAAACCACAUGACCACUGUCGGGGAGAACCACCCCCUGAACUGUCUGCGAGUGAAGAUUGAGAAGGGGGUGGACCCAGACGACACGUAUAAUGAGACCCCCUAUGAGAAGGGCUGUGCCUUUGUGAGUUACCUGCAGCACUGUGCUGGUGGAGACGAGAAGUUCGACCAGUUCUUGAAGGCUUACAUCAGCAAGUUCAAGUACAGGAGUGUUGUAGCAGAGGACAUGUUGGAGUUUUACCUGGACUAUUUUCCACAUCUCAGGGAACAGGACCUCAGGAACAAACCAGGCUAUGAGUUCGAGCGAUGGCUGACGACACCCGGCUGGCCUCCGUUUGUAGCAGAUCUGUCGCCGGGGCAACAGCUGACACGCCCAGCAGAGCAGCUGGCAGCUCAUUGGGCGGGGGACCAGAUGGAGGAGAACGCAGAGGUGGUGCCAGACAUAUCAGACUGGAAGACCUACCAGAUCGUCCACUUCCUGGACAAACUUGUGGAGCGACCCAAGCUGACCCACGACACCAUACAGGCACUGGCCAAGAAAUACCCUAAGAUUGCAGAGUCUCACAAUGCUGAGCUGACUAUGAGAUGGUGCAUGCUGAUAAUCAAGAGCAACUUCACCUCUGACCUGCCCAAAGUCAGGGCCUUCCUGGAGAGCCAAGGGAAGCAGAAGUACACCCUGCCCAUCUACCGUGCCUUGAAGGCGGGGAGUUCCGAGGCUCAACACUUUGCUCGAGAAAUCUUCGAGGCGACCAAAGACACUCUCCAUGUUAAUGUGCGCAAUUAUGUACAGAAGAUUCUUAGUGCUUAGACCAAAAACAACAUAUGGU